UCUGCGCCUGCGCGGUUGGGUGCCCGGUUGUUGCGCCGCGCCGCGGUGGGUGUUUCUCUCUCUCUGGGCCCCCGGCCGGGUCUCGGCGGCGCGGCGGGGGCGAGGAUGUGAAGAUGGCGGAGCUGCAGAUGCUGCUGGAGGAGGAAAUCCCGGGCGGGCGCCGGGCCCUGUUCGACAGCUACACCAACCUGGAGCGGGUGGCCGAGUACUGCGAGACCAACUACAUCCAGUCAGCAGAUAAACAGCGAGCUUUAGAAGAAACCAAAGCCUACACAACCCAGUCCUUAGCAAGUGUAGCUUAUCUGAUCAACACUUUGGCCAACAAUGUUCUCCAAAUGCUGGAUAUCCAGGCAUCCCAGCUUCGGCGCAUGGAAUCUUCAAUCAACCAUAUUUCACAAACGGUGGACAUCCAUAAAGAGAAAGUUGCUAGAAGAGAAAUUGGCAUUUUGACUACGAACAAAAACACCUCAAGAACCCACAAAAUCAUUGCACCAGCCAACCUGGAGCGACCAGUUCGCUACAUUAGAAAACCUAUUGAUUACACAAUUCUAGAUGAUAUUGGACAUGGAGUGAAGGUUAGUACACAGAAUAUGAAGAUGGGUGGGCUGCCUCGUACUACUCCACCUACCCAGAAACCACCCAGCCCACCAAUGUCAGGAAAAGGAACUAUUGGGCGUCACUCUCCCUAUCGCACACUGGAGCCUGUGCGUCCUCCAGUGGUACCAAAUGACUAUGUACCUAGCCCAACACGUAAUAUGGCUCCCUCGCAACAGAGCCCUGUUAGAACAGCUUCUGUGAAUCAGAGGAAUCGCACAUACAGCAGCAGUGGGAGUAGUGGAGGGAGCCACCCAAGUAGUCGGAGCAGCAGUCGAGAGAACAGUGGAAGUGGAAGUGUGGGUGUACCUAUUGCUGUCCCCACUCCAUCUCCUCCUAGCGUCUAUCCAGCCCCCGCUGGCUCAGCUGGCACUUCUCCCCUUCCUGCUACCUCUGCACCUGCUCCUUCCCCCCUUGCUCCUGCUCCUGCCCCCUCCGCUGCCCCAGAUGCUGCUGCUGCAGGAGCCCAGCCUCUUGCUGAUGGCUUCACCUCUCCAACUCCCCCUGCUGUUUCUUCCACUCCCUCAGCAGGUCACCCUGUUCAGUUCUACAGCAUGAACAGACCUGCCUCCCGGCAUACACCCCCAACAAUAGGGGGCUCUUUGCCAUACAGGCGCCCUCCUUCCAUCACUUCGCAAACGAGCCUUCAGAACCAGAUGAAUGGAGGGCCUUUUUAUAGCCAGAACCCAGUAUCCCUUGCUCCUCCUCCUCCUUCCAUCCUACAGGUAACUCCACAGUUACCACUGAUGGGAUUUGUGGCCAGAGUUCAAGAAAAUAUUUCAGAUACUCCCCCUCCUCCUCCACCUGUAGAUGAGCCAGUCUUUGAUGAGUCCCCACCUCCACCUCCACCCCCAGAAGAUUAUGAAGAGGAGGAGGCAGCUGUGGUGGAAUACAGUGAUCCUUAUGCUGAAGAGGACCCUCCAUGGGCACCAAGGACCUAUUUAGAAAAGGUGGUGGCGAUUUAUGACUACACAAAAGACAAGGAGGACGAGCUCUCAUUUCAGGAAGGUGCCAUCAUUUACGUCAUUAAGAAGAACGAUGAUGGGUGGUAUGAGGGUGUCAUGAAUGGAGUGACGGGGCUCUUCCCAGGGAACUAUGUGGAGUCCAUCAUGCACUACUCUGAGUGAAGACUACAAGGUGCAGAGCUGCACCUUGCACCACAGGAACUGUCAGGACUCCUCAGCGCUCCACCAGCCCCUAGGGGCCCACCCAAGUGAACUGAAUGAAGGAUAAUUGUAACAAAACCACUCUUGUUUUUUGCUUUUUUCAUUAUACAACAAUAGCAAUUUGAGUUGUUUGAACAAAUGGCUCUUCCAGCUGCCAGCAGUGGCUGUGCCCGACGUUGAAUAAGCUGACCCAUUCAGAUGUAGAUAGUGGAGAUGUAACGAACUUGUUGAGUAGCUGAUACUUGACUAAAAUUCAGACUGAUUCAAGCGUGAUCUGGGAUCUUUCUCAGGAAUACUGUAUGCCCCUGUGCUAUUACCUCUGGCAUUAGUGCCUGGCACCGGGACAUCCGGGAUGCCAGUGCAAAGGGUUAAUGUAACUGGCCAGUGGAAAUCCCUCACUUUUUCUACACUCCCAUGCAGCUGGAAAGACACUUGUGUGCUAGCUAACAUUUGGAUUCCUACACAAAGCAGUUCCUGUAUCUGACUUCCAGAUGGUUCGUUACAUCUUUAACAUAAACACUUCUG